GAGUCAGUUGUGUGGAGGUGGCAGCGGCGCAGCUCUGGCUGGCACGCGGCUCCGGCUGGCACACAGCGGCCCCAGCCCUUGUCCGGCAGCGCACCGAGCCCCGGCACACAGGGCUCCACAGAACCACCGGGACCGGCCGCUUCACCUCAGAGAGAGUCCGUGGGCCCGCCGACACCCACCCUGCCCUGGGAGCCAGCCGAGCCCCCAGCAGCACACACUGACAGGCAGGCUCCAUCCCCACGCCGAGCACUGCAGGGCCUCACGCCCCGGGCAUGACAAGCAGCUGCCCCAUGUGCUGACAGCGAGGCUGUAGGGCUGCCCGGUACCCCACAUGCCUCUGUCCCACGGAGCUGCCUGCCCCCCAUCGCGCCCGGCUGCCCCCCGUGCUGCAGCCACCAUGGGCGAAGCGCCCGAGCCGUCCUCGCAGGCAUCGCUGGCCGUCCUCUCCAAGGUGGAGCUGCGGGUGAGCUGCAGGCACCUCCUGGACCGCGACACCCUCAACAAGUCAGACCCCUGCGUCCUGCUGCUCAUGCAGUCCCAGGGCCAGUGGGUGGAGGUGGACCGCAGCGAGGUCAUCAAGAGCAACCUGAACCCCGUCUUCGCCAAGAUCUUCACGGUGGAUUACUACUUCGAGGAGGUGCAGAAGCUGCGCUUCGAAGUGUACGACAGCCACGGGCAGGCCGGUGUGGGCGCGCACGACGAUGACUUCCUGGGGGGCAUGGAGUGCACUGUGGGGCAGAUCGUGGCGCAGAAGCGGGUGACGAAGCCACUGUUCCUCAAAUAUGGGAAGUUUGCGGGGAAAUCCACCAUCACGGUCAUCUCCGAGGAGAUCUCGGGGAACAACGGCUACGUGGAGCUGGCCUUUAGGGCCAAGAAGCUGGAUGACAAGGACCUUUUCAGCAAGUCUGACCCCUUCCUGGAGAUCUACCGCAUCGACGACGACAGCAGUGAGCAGCUGGUGUACCGCACUGAGGUGGUGAAGAACAACCUGAGCCCCAUCUGGGAGCCCUUCAAGGUCUCUCUGAACUCCCUCUGCAGCUGUGAGGAGAAGAGGAAGCUGAGGUGCGUCGUGUGGGACUACGACUCACGGGGAAAGCACGACUUCAUCGGCGAGUUCUUCACCACCUUCGAGGAGAUGCAGAAGGCAAUGGGGGAGAACAAGGUGCAGUGGGAGUGCAUGAACCCCAAGUACAAAAUCAAGAAGCGCAACUACAAGAACUCGGGGGUCGUGGUGCUGCUGGACCUGAAGAUCCACAGGGUCUACUCCUUCCUGGACUACAUCAUGGGCGGCUGCCAGAUCCACUUCACGGUGGCCAUCGACUUCACGGCCUCCAACGGAGACCCCCGCAACAGCUGCUCCCUGCACUACAUCAACCCCUACCAGCCCAACGAGUACCUCAAGGCGCUCGUGGCGGUGGGCGAGAUCUGCCAGGACUAUGACAGUGAUAAGAAGUUCUCCGCUCUGGGCUUUGGUGCGCGGAUCCCCCCCAAGUACGAGGUCUCCCACGACUUCGCCAUCAACUUUAAUCCUGACAACGACGAGUGUGAGGGCAUCCAGGGCGUGGUGGAGUCCUACCAGAGCUGCCUGCCCAAAAUCCAGCUGUAUGGCCCCACCAAUGUGGCCCCCAUCAUCACUAAGGUGGCCCGCGUGGCGGCUGACGAGGAGCGCACCAAGGAGGCGUCGCAAUACUUCAUCCUGCUGAUCCUGACGGACGGCGUGGUGACAGACAUGGCGGACACGAGGGAGGCCAUUGUCCGCGCCUCCUACCUGCCCAUGUCCAUCAUCAUCGUGGGGGUGGGCAACGCCGACUUCACCGACAUGCAGAUCCUGGACGGUGACGACGGCAUCCUGCGCUCCCCCCGGGGUGAGCCCGUGCUGCGUGACAUCGUCCAGUUCGUCCCCUUCCGUGACUUCAAGAACGCAUCCCCGACCGCGCUGGCCAAGUGCGUGCUGGCCGAGGUGCCCAAGCAGGUGGUGGAGUACUACAGCUACAAGGCCUUCCCCCCGCGCUGCCCCCAGCCCCACACCCCCGACUCCAGCCUGGGCUCGCCCCAGUGAGUGUGCCUGCAUGGGGAUGGGGACAGCCCCGGUGCCUCUGCAGGAUGCUGUGCCGUGUCAUUUGGGGGUGGCGGAGUCCGCAACUCCCCGUGUCCCCACUCCAUCCCCUGCUGUCCCUGUGGUCCCUGUGCUCCGUGCUUGUCUGUCUCCUUGUUGUUUUGAGGCUGCAUGACAAACCCAUCCUUGGGCCAAUAAAGCAAGCUGCCCUUUC